AUGCCAAAGCCUAUUUGGACUCCGGAGGAUUCUAUGGAUCACAAUAAGAGUGAGGCAAUCAAGGCUAAGGCACAUGCCGAGAGGAAGCUCCUUGAAAGAAAUUAUGCUACUGCCAAGAACAUUGCUUUGUUGGCUCAAAAGUUGUGUCCUGAGCUUGAGGGUCUAUCUCAACUGUUGACAAUAAUAGAUAUCUAUAUCUGUGGAGAAAACAAAACUAUUGGAGAUGCAGACUGGUAUGGAAUACUUGGUGUGAUUCCUUAUGCCAACUAUGCACUAAUUAAGAAACAGUAUAGAAGGUUGGCCUUGAUGCUUCAUCCUGAUAGAAACAAGUCUCCUGGUGCAGAAGGCGCAUUUAAGUUGGUGUCAGAGGCGUGGGACUUCUUAUCUGAUAAAGCUAAGAGAGAUGAAUAUGAGAGACUGACAUUUUACCACAGCAGGACAGUGGAAAACUCUCGGCAGGGAGCUCUAACCAACCCUGUAAGUCUGUCAAAACAACCUGGUGCAAAUGCCUUUCAAAAUGUAAGAAACAGUGCAGCUUCACCUGCUAGGAGUCAACAUGGUUCCAUGCACUCGUAUGAAAAACCUACUACUUUCUGGACGAUUUGCAAUUUGUGCAGUACGUAUCAUCAGUAUGUUAGGACUUAUCUAAAUCAUACCCUCAUGUGUCCGACCUGUCAGAAGGGGUUUACUGCUAUAGAAACAGCUCCGCCUGCCGGUGUUUCAGAGUCAUCUAGUAGUUCUUCUUGCCAAGAGCAUCACACCUCAAGACACCAUGGUGCUGCUAGUGGCAGACCAAUUAAUUCUGGAAGAAACAAUGCCGGAGCUCGAAAUUUGGGGAAUAAGGUGUCUUUAGCUUCUAAAACAGUGAAUAAGACUACCUUCCAACAGUGUUUUGUCUUUAGCACUGCUGUAUCAGGCUGUGCUACAGCUGUGAGUGUGGCUCAGCAGGGUAAUGAGAUCGUGAAGAGACAGCGAGAGGAGAGAGUGUCAAUUGCUGAAUGGGAGAGGAAUCAAAAGUUAAUGGAAAACUCUGCAUUCAAAAAGAAAAGAAUUGAAGAUAAAUAUUUGAUUAGUGGGGAAGGAUACAUGGCUAAUGAAAUUUCUGUAGGAAUUGAUGGAGCUAACUUAGGAGGUGUAUCUGAAUCAGGUACAGGCAAUGCUGGCACAAAAAAGAUUUAUGGUUUCUCCAGCAUGGAUAACAUGCCCAACUGCAAUAGAGAAUUAUCCUAUCAUGAAAUGCAAAAUUUGUUGAUAAAGAAGGCACAAACUGAUAUUUCCAAGAAGCUAAAGGAUAUGAGCUCAGCUACUGUUACAAAGAAACAUGAAGAAGUGGAAGUAGACAAGGAACAUAAGAACAUGGUAUCUGCUGAGACACAGGAAAACAAUGAUGAGGAUAAUGAUGCCAGGUUCCCUAUCUCAACUAAUGUUCCAGAUCCUGAUUUUCAUGAUUUUGACUUGGAUCGAACUGAAAGGUCAUUUCAAGAGGAACAAGUCUGGGCCGCAUAUGAUGGUGAUGGAUUGCCUCGUUAUUAUGCUCGUAUUCAGAAUGUGAUCUCCAGGAAGCCAUUUAAAUUGUGCAUCAGCUGGCUUAAUUCUAGAAACAACUCUGAACUGGGAUCGCUGGACUGGAUAGGUUCUGGUUUCGCUAAAACCUGUGGGGAUUUUAGGCCUGGGAAACGCCAAACUUACAAAACUCUAAAUUCUUUUUCCAAGAAGGUUAGCUGGAAAAAAGCUGCACAUGGAAUGAUUCGCGUAUAUCCUGGAAAGAUGGAAGUCUGGGCUCUAUAUAGAAAUUGGUCCCCUGAUUGGAAUCAGCAUACCCCUGAUGAAGUAAUUAACAGAUAUGAGAUGGUGGAAGUGUUGGAUGACUUCACUGAGGUACACGGUGUGUCUGUUCUUCCACUGAUUAAGGUUGCUGGUUUCAGAACAGUGUUCCAAAGGAACAUGGACCCUAAGGCAGCGAGGAGGAUUCCUAAAGAAGAGAUGUUUCAGUUCUCGCAUAUUGUCCCCUGUCACUUGCUAACAGGUAAAGAAGCUCAUAAUGCUCCAAAGGGUUGCUUUGAAUUGGAUCCAGCAGCCAUCCCUUUGCACCUCCUUGAGGUGAUAACAGAAGAUAAUCAAGCACCAAUGGCAGAUCAUGUUGGAAAAACAAAAGAAGAGGUGAUUCAAAGUGCCUUGGCAAGAGAAGUAGAUGCAGGAGUGGACGAAGGAAGAUUUCAGAAAGGGGACGACAAACCACUGGAGGUACACGCCAGUGCAUGCCUUGUUGGCCAAGGAAACUGA